GCCAUGAAAUCAGCUUCCGGUUUGAUUAUAAACUUUAAAAUGAACUUUCAACAAGUGGACGAGAGAGGGAGAUCGGUAUUCUGCUGACCUGUCUGGAUUGUUUGAUCGAGCUGGAUUGUAUAAGAGCCAGCAACGGUUUCCUACAUGCAUUCGCUUGAGUGAAAGCAGUUACAGUAAUGCAAUUUCUGUGUUUUUAACUGUAGAUGUCAAGUACUGGUAGCUAUGUCUUCUGAUUACAGGUAUUUUACUGGCGAUCAACAUUGUCAUUCAACUGUAAACGAGUGCUUCUAAAUGAGGUAAAGUACAUACUUUCGUCUUCUCUACGCCGCCAAGAACCUUCCUAAGUGGUGCGAUUCAAGAAUCAUGCCCGAGCUUUCCAAGAUGAGGAAGCCCGACGUGAAGAUUGUUAUUCUGGGCGAUAUGAACGUUGGGAAGACCUCACUGCUCCACCGGUACACCGAGAGAAAAUUUAAAGACACGGUCAGCACCGUUGGAGGAGCGUUUUUCCUAAAACAGUGGGGACCCUACAACAUCUCAAUUUGGGACACGGCUGGUCGAGAGCAGUUUCACGGGCUGGGUUCCAUGUACUGCCGCGGCGCCGCCGCCGUCAUCCUCACCUACGACGUAACCAGCUGGCAGAGCCUCGCGGAGCUGGAGGAGCGCUUCCUGUCCCUGACCGACACGGCCAAUCACGACUGCAUCUACGCCGUUGUGGGCAACAAGGCGGACCUCACAGAACCCCAGGCUCGGCUGGUGACGGAGCGAGAUGGUCUGACGGAGGACCCGGGAGUGGGAGGCGGCGAGUUGACCGGGGAGCCCAGAGUUCCCUCUGCCUGCCCCACCCCUCCAGCCUCACCCGUCUCCCUGUCAAGGGUGUCGGUCAACAAGCAGGUGAGUCGUGAGGACGCGGCGGCGUUGUACGGGAGGAUCCUAAGAUACAAAGGUCUGGAGGAGUCCGACUGCCUGCCCGCUGACAAGAUGUGCUUUGAGACCAGCGCUAAGACCGGGUAUAACGUGGACGCUCUGUUCGAGACGCUGUUCGACAUGGUGCUUCCUUCCAUCCUUAGGAAGAGGACUGAGGGGGAGGGAUCGCCCACCGUGGACCUGGAGGACUGCAGGGGACCUGGGAAACGGGCCAGGGCCUGUUGCUAGGGACCACUGGGUUUUCUUUACCGAUGGCACCCCCCCCCUUUACCACCUCUUUUUUUUUUGGACUCCCUAGUGAUUUCUGUGAUUUGUCAGCGUUGACCGUUGAUACAAGAUGAUACACACCCCUGGAGAUUCCUAUCAAUCUGUCUACUAAUCAACCAAACUCAUAACCAAACAAGCAUUAUUCUUCCAAUGAUAUGUUAAUGACCGUUAUGCAGAGCUGGAGUAAGUUCCCGUACUUUCUUUCAGGACCAAAUGUGUCUGUGGGUGUAGAUGGGAAAUGGGCUGCUGGUAUUCAUGUAAGUGAAAUCUGUAAAUACAGCCAACAUUGCUCAGAAUGCAUCUUCUGAAUCUUUCAUGUUUUAGAUUUGAGAAAAUCACUGACGCUCAUGUCAAAAUUCAUCAAAUUUGUGGAGUUGUAUGUUUCACAAUCAAUUUUGUGUGGUUUCUAUAUUUCUGUAUUGAUGAUUUUCUUUCUUCGUUGGCACCUAAUCUAUACUGUACAAUACAGUAUGUGUGCUGUAUGUAAGAAACACAUUUUAAAUAUUUGUGAUAUAUAUUUUUCUAAAGAUAACAAUGAUUCUCAUUUUGUGAUGUGUAAUAUAGUUUUUUUUUUGAGCUGUGGUGUGAAAGUCAGGCGAAUUCAACAAUCAGAUGUAUAACAAACAAAAUAUUUAUUUUUAUUAUGACUCAAUUAUAAUAAAACGCAAUGUAUUCAUUCAUAGCACCGAGUGGUAUUCAACAUAAUUGCACUGAACAUUUGGCCCCUUGCUGUGAAUAGAAAUGGUUGGAAAUAUUAUAUGUGUUAUUCUCUAAUGGACGAUUCUCAACUGGAACUAGGACCUAGACUAUGUUAAGUACAUUUUUCUGCAGAAGGGACUGAUGACCCAGGCACAUUACUGGUCUGACCAUUCCGCUUGGCUCAGACUUUGGCCAGAGAUGUUUUCAUUUCUGUACUGGCUUGAUUCCAGUC